CUCCGUUGGGCUAUGUGUCCAACUUCAAAGUGACAUCCUACACCAGUACCUCCAUAGAUGUGGAGUGGAGUCCCAUUGUUGGCGCUACCGAGUACAAACUCUCUUGGAAGUCAGAUGAUAGCAGCCCUCUGUCCCGUUACCUAGACCAUAGUGUUCUUUUCCAUCGUAUCGAAGACCUGAACCCACAGUCCACCUACACAAUCACCAUCUGUGCAGUGUACAGCAACUCAGAGGGACCAGAAAUCUCCUUAUCUCAGCUCACAG